AUGUCCCUCCAAACCAGCACUCUCGCCUUCCUCGGCGGCGGCAACAUGGCCUCCGCCAUCAUCUCGGGCCUCCUCCGCAAAUCCGUCCCGGGGAGCAACAUCCACGUCUCCGAGCCCUGGGAAGUCAACCGCAACAAGAUCGCCUCCUUGGGUGUCCAAACCACCACCUCCAACGUCACCGCCGCCUCGUCCGCCUCGAUCGUGAUCAUCGCUGUGAAGCCCCAAGUCGCCAAGGCCGUGUGCGAGGAACUCAGCGCCGCGUGGUCCUCCCGGGAGACUCUCCCCGUGGUGGUGAGUAUCGCGGCGGGCAUCACGGUGCAGAGUCUACAGAGUUGGUUGAGUAAGGGGAACAAUGGUCGCGUGCCGGGCGUGGUGCGCGUCAUGCCGAAUACCCCUGCUUUGGUGACGGAGGGUGCGAGUGGCGCGUUUGCGGCGAAGGAGGUGAGUGAGCAGGAGAGGAAGUUGGUCGAGGAGUUGUUGGGCAGUGUGAGUCGGGUUACGGAGUGGGUGGAGAAGGAGGAGUUGUUGGAUGUGGUUACGGGUGUUUCGGGAUCCGGCCCUGCAUACUUCUUCGCCAUGGUGGAACAUCUGGUUGCCAGUGCCACGGCCCUCGGAUUGACCAAGGAGCAGGCGACGAGGUUGGCAGCGCAGACGUGUCUCGGAGCGGGUAAGAUGUUGGUUGAGUCGGAUGAUGAGCCAGCGCAGUUGCGGAAGAAUGUCACCAGUCCCAAUGGAACGACAUUUGCGGCGUUGCAGACGUUUGAGAAGCUCGGGUUUGCCGAUACGGUCGAUCAGGCGGUUAAGGCGGCGACGGAUCGGGCGGCGGAGUUGGGCGAGAGUCUGGGAAAAUAG